AUGUCUUCUGAAAUUCCAUCUCAAAUACGCGACUACGUGGAUAAGGCUGUCUUAAAUGCUCCUAGCGGAAGCUGGUCGUUUACUCAGGGAUUCUUACUUGGCCAGCUUACCGUCCUUUUAAUAGUGUUCGCUUUUGUGAAAUUUAUGUUAUUCGAAAAUGUGCAGAAUCCAACAAAAAAGCGCAUUCCUUUAAUACCGCCGCCGACAAGUCCAAAAACGAUAACAGUACCACCUGCUUCAGCAAUUCUCGCCAAAACGCUGUAUGAUCCGCUACAUCACGCACCCGAAUCAGUAGAUUGGUUAAACGUAUUGUUAGCGCAGGCAAUACAACAGUAUAGGACUGAGGCGCAAACGAAUAACAGACUGCUUCGCAUAGUCUAUGAGGCGCUUAAUAGUG